AUAAGGGAGCCAACACGGAGAGUAGCGAGGGGGCAUUGCUGGUCCUGUACCCUGAUUACCAUCCAGAGUAGGGUCCGUGGUCAUUCGAGUACUUUGACAGGGAAGUUAGUACACUGAACACCGAGCUGGUCAGGUUGGUUCUUAGUACCAGCCAGGGAAGUUCGUGCACUGGGAAUCAGGGCGGGGUAGGCGAUAUAUCGAGUGCCUGCCGGGGUAGUUGGAACUUCGAGAAUCUGACCUGGCUGGCCAUCCGAUACUUUGUGUGCGGGCGAGUGUGCUUAAAGGCAGUGUGAGCGGAAACCGGAGAAGCCGGAGAAAGCCCCAGCCCCUGUAAGCGAGGGGGUGACACCUCAGAGACUCUGCUACACAGAGGGGAGGGGGGUGGAAGGAGUGGAAUGAAGAUGACUCUGAUGAUUACUCUGCACGUUCACCCGGGAAAUGCUCGCCGAAUCUCAAGGCUCACUUUCAAGAGGGUCCUGCUGCUGCGUGAUACCAUUUGAGUGAUUAUGCAGGUGAGGCGGGUGAGCGUGCGGGCUAUGCCUGCCACGAGCGAGGUGCUGUCGCCCCCCUGCUCCACCUCAAUGGCAAUCGACCUCGCCCACGGCUACAGCUCGGGGCUCACCUCAUCGCUCCUCCAGGUGAUGGACGACGAGGUGGACGAGGCGGUAAAGGAGGAGGUGGUGGUGGUGGAGAAGGCGACGACGGCGCUGUUGUUGAAGAAUGGCGGUGGUGGCGGUGGUGGUGGUGGCGGUGGUGGUGGUGGCGGUGGUGGGCACCUCCCAAACACUCCACCGCUGUGGAACCCAGCGCAUGGCCUCCUGCACCUGGGGUCACGUGCCCUGCAGGGAGCUCAGGGCAUCACCGACAUGGAUGGCAGGCAGCAGCAGGAACAUCAUCAUCAGCAACAGCAGCAGCCGCAGCAUAAUCAGCAUUCGUCUCCGCAUCAGCAGCAGCAGGAGGAGGAGCAAGAUCAGCAACAGAACCAUCGCUAUAAGAACCAUCAUCUUCAUCAUCAUCAGCAGCAGCAGCAGCAACGUCAUCAGCAUCAAGAGCAGCAUCACGAGCAUCAUCAAGAGCAGCAUCACGAGCAUCAUCACGAUCACCAUCACGAUCAGCAGGAGGACGGGGGCUCGUCCGGGCACUACGGCAACCAGCGGCGCAAGCGCGAGUUCAUCCCCGACGAGAAGAAGGACGCCUCCUACUGGGACAAGCGGCGCAAGAACAACGAGGCGGCCAAGCGCUCGCGCGAGAAGCGCCGCUACAACGACCUGGUGCUGGAGACGCGCGUGCUGGCGCUGCUCGACGAGAACGCGCGGCUCAAGACCGAGCUGCUGGCGCUGAAGCUGCGCUAUGGCCUGGUGCGCGACCCGAUGCUGGCGCCCGGCGGUGGGGACGGUGCCCUGGGUGGGGGGGCGACGGGCGGAGCCGCCAACGGGGGAGCUGCGGGCGCCGCGCUGAUUUUCCCGUCGCCCGUUCACGGCAUUUUUUCGGCGGCGGCGGCGGCGGCGCCGUUGCACCACCACCGCCACCUUCAUCAUCAUCAGCAGCAUCAGCAUCAUCAACAUCAUCAACAGCACCAGCUGCUUCAUCCGACGCAGAUGAGCGCCGUUGAUGCGGCAUUGCCUCUCGGGCUGUCCGUUGGCCCCACCACGUUUGUGCGCAAUGCCCUUCAGCAGAACAGCGCGCGCCUUCAUCACCACCACCAUCAGCAGCAGCAUCAUCAUCAGCAGCAGCACCAUCAACAGCUACACCACCAGCUGUCUCGCUCUCCAUCGAGCGAGACAUUCGGGUCAUCAGCGUCAUCAUCUCCCACAGCGUGGCCAAAAUCGCACCACGGUGGCGGUGGGCACGACGCUCCGGCGUUUCUUCUGCCGGCGCCCAGCCCGGCGCCAUCUCCCGGCGCCUCCGUCUCGUCGCCAGAAUCCAACGGCGGCGCCAUCUGCGUCACCACCGCCACCACCGCCGCCGCCAAAAACCUCCCGCACAAGCUGCGCUUCAAGGUGGCCAGCAGCCCCGAGGAGAGCCACUCUCAGCCGAUCGCUCGCCUUCAUCAUCCCCAUCAGCAGCAGCACGGCAGGGAUGAGACGAUGGGAGAGAGGCGUGAGCAGAUGAGAAGUAAGUUGGAUGACAGUAUUGGUGAUGAGCGAGGAGGGGAGGAGGUGAGGGCGGUGAGAAGGGCCGCCCUCUACGCCGAGGCGCUGUCUCUGGUGAGCGGCCUGCGGGGCCCCCUGGGACCGGGGUUGGGAUCCCGGUGCCCCGGCGGGUUGGGGGGCCUAGGAGGAUUGGGGGGCCCCGGGAGGGCGGGCGGGGGUGAGGACACUGGGUUGAGGAGCGAGCUGGCCACCCUCUCAGCUGACAUCGCUCAGCUCAAGAUGCUAUUUGCCCAGAGAGGCUCCCGGUGACAAUGGUGACGAUGGUGACGAUGGCGACGAUGGUGACGAUGGCGACGAUGGUGAUGAUGGCGAUGAUGAUUCUGUUGUCGAUGGAGCCGCCCUACUAUUUGCUGGGGAGUGUCGGGACUCAGCACCUGGCCGCCUGUGAGUGGGCGUGAGUGAGUGGGUGAGCGAGUGGGUGGGUGAGUGAGUGGGUGGGUGAAUGAGUGAAUAGGUGAGUGGAUGAGUGAGCGAGUGAGCCAGUGGGCGAGUGGGUGGUAGGGUUGCCACCUUUUCCACUGCACACCAAAACUCAGUCCCAUUUCUCAGUCAGCACGGAGUCGGUGAGAACUGUGCUGAUGUGGACUCGGCGGUGGAAAUGCAAAUACAGCAGUGCCGGAACGAACCCUAUUCAUUAAGGUUCAUGUUCCCCAGGGUUCCUAUUCGCGAAGGUUCCUAUUCGCAAGUUUCAAGUGUGUUUUCUUGAAGCGGGUGGGACCUCAGGAGGGCAGGAUGUGUCUCGAUUGCAGGAGUGGCCUGGGUCACCACAAUGGCAGGAGUGAGAACAUAACGAAGUACGGCAAGCGAGCAAACAGCCACCAGAGCAGAAACAAACAAAUAUAAAUCAUUCUGCAUUAUAAAUGACAUUGAAACGGUGAACAAGUACAAAUAGUUAUAUUAAUUUCCAGAAUCAGAAGUUGGCUUGGACAAAGUCCUGCAGCGCAUGUUCAUUGACUCAAAUCUAUCAAACAAACCUCUCACUCACGCGGACACUCGCACGGACACUCACACAGACACUCACACAGACACUCACACAGACACUCGCACAAACACUCACACAGACACUCACACAGACACUCACACAGACACUCACG